CGAUGACGUAGCCUCUUCGCGUUAUACGCAUGCGCAUAGCUGCGGAAGCAGUGGACAGGUUGGACGUUUGUGUGAGAAGAUAUGGGCAAUCAUACAGUUUUUACACCUAUGACCGGCCUCAGCUUGCGUUCUCCAUAAUGGCCCCUUCCUCUUCCGCAUCCUCUUCUUGCCGUUGUUGCUGUGGCUGUUCACGACUAUGCUUAAGAUCUUCAGCCUACACCUUGGCUCUGGGCCUGGGUUUCGUCACCUUGGGAACCAGUCGCAUACUAUUACUAAAAUUCUCAGCCAAUGAAGAAAACAAAUAUGACUUUCUCCCUGCCUCAGUGAAUUUAAUGGCAGAGGCCAUCAAACUAGUAUUUUGUUUAGUGAUGUCGGUACGGGUGGUCGUUCGAGAGGGCCGUUCAUAUAAAGAUUUGGGAUGUGCCUCUAUUCUCAGUUAUUUGAAAUGGUCUGUCCCUGCAUUCCUCUACUUCCUUGACAAUCUUCUAAUCUUCUAUGUGAUGACCUAUCUGCAACCUGCCAUGGCUGUAUUGUUUUCCAAUAUUGUUAUUUUCACAACCGCCAUUCUUUUCCGAGUGGUUCUGAAGAGGCGCUUGUCCUGGGUACAGUGGGCAUCUUUGAUCAUUUUGUUCCUGUCCAUUGUGUCGCUGACCACUGGCAAUGGUAACCAGCAUGCCAUCGCUUUACAUGGCCUCCACCCAGCCCACAUUUCCAACCCCACCAACAGCUGCCUGAAAUACGCCCAUCCCAAGUUAGAGCAUCAGAACCUUACCGAAUCAGAGUGGAUGAAUGGCUUUCCACGUAAGCUGUGGGACAGCCAGCUCAUCCACAAGCUCAACAGCUUUGGCUUGGGAUACAUCCUCCUGCUGCUACAGUGCUUCAUCUCUGCAUUGGCCAACAUCUACAAUGAGAAGAUCCUCAAGGAGGGGGAGCAGCUGGUGGAGAGCAUCUUUAUCCAGAACAGCAAGCUGUAUGUCUUUGGUCUGAUCUUCAACAGUCUCACAUUGCUCCUGCACUCUGAUUACCGUGAUUUAACGCUGCACUGCGGCCUCCUUUAUGGCCACAACGUCUUCUCCAUUGCUCUGGUCUUUAUCACUGCUGCUCUAGGUCUCUCUGUGGCUUUCAUCCUCAAGUUCCGUGAUAACAUGUUUCAUGUGCUGACAGGCCAGAUCACCACAGUGAUUGUCAUGGCGCUCUCGCUCUUCCUUUUUGACUUUCGGCCAUCGAUGGAUUUCUUCCUGCAGGCGCCUGCAGUACUGCUAGCCAUCUUUAUCUACCACAGCAGUAAACUAAAGGAUCCAGAGUACACUCUGCAACAGGAGAGGCUUAGGGUAAUCAAUGGUGAAGUGUUUGAGAGGUCAAGAGGGGAUGGAGAAGAGUUAGAGAGACUAACCAAGGCCAACACAGACAGCGAUUCGGAAGAGGAGUCUUUUUAAUUCCGUUUUGAACCCCAUCUCUGUAAAUACUUUAUAAAUAUUCUGGAAUCAGCCUGUAUAUGCAUUAUAUGUAUUAUAAUGAAUUAAGGAAGUAAAUAAGUACUGCAUUGUUUCACUUACAUGGGAUGUCUAAGGGACAAGCUAAGGGAUCAGAGAGUUAUUAUUAUUGGCCUUUUCUUACAAACUGUCCAUGUAACUAUUAUGAGCAUGUAUUAACCUCAGGAGGGUUUGCAAGAUAGUACUUUUGGUGGAACUGUUCUGCAUUGCUUCAGAGUAAAUAUGAAUAGGACGUAAAAUGACAGAAACAGCUGGUAUUAAAGGUGCACUUUUUGUUUGUGUCAUCUAGGACUUGCACAGUGACAGCUAGUGGUGUGGAUGCAGCAUCAUUCAAAAUCAGUAGUUUUCAGUUACAGAUGUUCACUAUUUACAAUCUAUUUAUAGCUAUUUAAAGCCAUGAUUUAUUUAAUCCAAGAGUGAAAGUGUCCAAUAACAAGACGGUAACAGGUUAAGCGAGUAGUAUUAGGGUUCUUAAAAUGGCAGCCCCCAUGAGGGCUACCCUGAGCCAUGUAGAAUAAAACAGCUUUUAUAAGGUUACUGAUAUGACUAGAGUCCUCAUCUUAUGUGACUACUCGUGAUUUGAUACACAUUUCAAAAUUACUGUUCAUUUCUUUAGGAGUAAACUUUUUUUAAUGAGGAAAAAAAUGACUGAGUGCACCUUUAAUGUAUUAAGAAAUCAUUCCAAUUUUAGUAUACUACUCUAAUGGGAAUAUCUGCCUUUACAUAUCCAUAUUUCACAAGCAUCAUGUAUUAUGUGCGAUACUGUGAUUGCAUGCUUCAUAUUUUGAGGUAUUGACAUAUGACCAUAAAAAUACUGCUCUUGGAUUUUGGUGAAAAUAAAAUCCUCACUUUGAUCAUA